AUGGGGUCCAUAGCUCCAAACUUCGACGAUUUCAACCGCCAGAGCCAUGCCUCUCCUGACGAAGCGGCCGUAUUAGACACGAUCGAAGAACUCGAGCAGCUGGACUCCCAGCUGGCCCAGCGAGAGAGCGAGCUAGACGAACGCGAGCGCCACCUCAACCAACGACAAGAGCAGCUGGACGAGCGUGCCACCCUCGUCGAUGAACGCGUCAGCAAGCUCCAGGACAAUCUCCAACGUCUGGCAGACGGAAGGAACCGACUGACAGAAGCAUGGGGCAACUUUCGCACCGAGGAAGCCGCGCUCGCCGCUCAGAGGCAAGAGCUACAGCGUGAGCGUCAACGAACGGAGCGUCCAACCCAAGUCGACAGAACGGACGCCGAUUAUGACGAUCCUCUCGCCGAAUCCGCACGACGGCUCGACGCCUUAUUCGAGGAGGGUUUUGAGCCGCCUCCUAGGACCUUGCGGACAUCAGCAAUGCCACGAGGACCACGUGGUGCAGGGUUGGGUGCGCUCGGGGGCAGGAUCCGCCGCUCAAAUUUGACGAGAGAUAGGUUCAAUUUCGUCCGCGAGGCAGACACCCCACGCUUCACCUAUGACGCGGACGGAAAUCGAGUGCGCAGAGAGCAACCGCCCGCAGCACACUUGGGGGAGGAAACCCGCUCCGCCCGUGAUACUGGCGAUCUUCCAUGGGACGGCAGACCCCGUUCGUCCUCAUGGCAAAACGGUAGCGCAGGUCGCUACACUGAGGGUGACGACCGCCCAGCGCGACUAAGAGCUGGCGACGUUAUGUUGUUUGACCCGGCAGAGACGGACGUAAUGGCGUUCAUCAGUCGCCUAGAGUUCAUCGCCACUCAAGAGGGGGAAGAUGCGGUGCUCCGCGUGUUUCCGCUGUGUUUGAAAGGUCAGGCGUUAGAGUGGCACAACGGCCUGUCUGCCGAAAUGAGGAAGGAUAUGAGCGCUUCCCUCCUUGCCACGAUUAGCGAGCUGGGGCGCGAGUUCCAGCUAUCUGAGGGAGAAGCCUGGGCGAAAGCCCAAAGCCUGCGAUUCUCCUUCGACAAGUCGGACGAGCUACCGCUGGCGCUAUACAUCUCGCGGAAAAUUAACCUGCUGCGAGCCGCCUCAAUCUCUGAUUCCGCGAUGGUGAAGAGACUCCUAUGGGAAGGUUUGGAGUCUAACCUGUCCUUGAUUACGCCCCUCAUUCCCACCGAGCGCUUGGAUGACUUCCGAAGGAGGAUUAGGGACAAUGAAUCAGCCGCCCGACGCGCAUGGGCCGAUCGAAAGGCCCAAUUCGCCGAAUACAUACGUAACUCCAGGCGCUUCGACCAAAAUAACGACCGCCGUUCUUAUCGCACCCCCUUGGCCAAGCAACAGACGGAAGCCAUCAAACCGUCCGUGCCUGCCGCAGAUCCUGGGGCAAUUCCCCCAGUGGGCGCCCCCACGACGAGCAAGCUGCCGAUUAGGCGUACAGAGGGAGGAAAGCCGCCAGCGCCCGCAGCAGGGUGCUACGUGUGCGGAGGCCCUCACUACGCCAACCGCUGUCCCCGGAAGGGGGAGGCCAACGAUCGCCCAGCAAAUCAAGUCGAAUUGGAGGGUGCCGGGGAGGAAGACGACGACCUGCUGGAUCUAGACCCCAGUCUAGAUUCCGACAUUACGCCUCGAGGCGAUCUUUCAGUUUGCAUCGAUACAGGCGCGGGUAUAUCGCUUAUCGAUGCAGCGAUAGCGAGCUUAUUCUUUCCCCAUUGUCAGCCUACUCCUAUGCCACAUAAUCGGCGCGUGGGCAUUCGAGGAGUCGGUUCAGAUACAAACGAAUCGAACCUAUUCAUAGCGACGGCUCUCACCUUAAAGGCGGACGACGGUUCUCUUUUCAUCGUAAAGGGCGAAUUCCACCUAGUGCGAUACCUCGGAUGCAAUAUGAUUAUAGCGAACGAUAUAUUGUCAUCAGCGAAGGCCACCAUUGACGUCCACGGCGAGCGCAUCAUAUUCCAUAGCAAAUAUUCCAUGAGUGCCAAGGCCACUAGAGGCGCCAUCCGCGCGGAUUCCCACGGCGGACACCCUCGCCGAGCGAGUUGA